CAAGUUCAGACAGUUCAGUUGAAGAUCUGGCCCAACCCCAAGGCUCCCUGCCCUUCUCGUUUAUUUAUUUCUUGUUGUGCCUCCCCAGGAACUUUCACCUCCUAAUCAGGGUCGUUGAGAUUUUUCAAUCAUUGAACUAAGUCCCAGGCCUUUUUCUUCUUCCGUGAUUCCCAUAAUUUCAAGCUUCUUUGAAAAUCUGUGCUUAAAUUUUUGAACCCGGUUCUUCUUUCCAUGACUCCCCGAUUUUUAUUUUUAUUUUUUGUGGGUUACAUGAAUCAUGGCUAAUGUUUCUCCAUUGUAGCUUCAUUACAACGCUGUCUGUCAUAUCGGGCGAGGACGAGCUAUAUUUCUUCCUUUUCCCCACGUCAUGUCAGCAGAAUCACUGAUCGCUGAUACCCGAGAGUCAUCGUGGAAAGGAAAAGUCUGAUAUAUACUCAGAAGCAGUGAUAACUUCCACUGGUUCUUAUUUGGAACGUGUUUCUUCAACCUUUCGUAUUUGAUCCCAAUAAAAGACUCCGUAGAUUUUGGGUGCACAGAAGAACCAGCUUACUGUUUCAUUUUCUGCGUUGUUUUUUGAGAUAUCAGCGAUCCAGCGGGAUAAGGCUGGAGUCAAGUGUGAUCUCGUUUCUGGUGGCCCAUACGCCCAGCUUUGCCUGGGAAGAUGUUUAUUUCCAGUGAAGAGCAGAUUCUGUUCCAUUCAGAGCAUGCAUCAGAAGCUGUCAUCGAGGCUUUUAAAUCAACUUCUUCGAAUUUAAAUCCUGAUUCGGUUAAUGGGUCCCCAGCAGUUGCUGAAUUCCCCCAUUCGCCUCCAGUUUCCACCAUUUACACUGAUGUUGGCGUUAUUCCCGAACACGAAAAGAACGAGCUAGAGCAACUGAUAUCAAAUUUAGAAAGAGGAGUUAAGCAGCUGAGGAAUGAGCAGUGCAUAUUUGAUAAAAAGCGGAGAGAAGCACUGAGUAAGAUAUUAGACAUUAAAGGCAGCAUUCGAGUAUUCUGCAGAGUUCGACCCUUUCUAUUGGCGGAGAAGAGAAGAACUUCUGAGCCCGUUUCAGCUGCAUCAGAAAGGAUUCGGGUUAAACUGGGAGGAACGAGGAAGGAGUUUGAAUUUGAUAAGGUUUUCCCUCGAGAAGCAAACCAAGAAAGUGUUUUUGUGGAGGUCGAGCCAAUUCUCAGAUCUGCAAUGGACGGACACAAUGUGUGCGUUUUAGCUUAUGGACAAACAGGCACCGGCAAGUCAUUCACUAUGAAUGGCACAAACGAGCAGCCAGGAAUUAUUCCCCGAGCUCUUGAGGAGUUAUUUCGGCAAGCCUCUCUAAAGGAUUCAUCAUCUUUUACAUUUUCAAUGAGCAUGUUAGAAGUCUACAUGGGUAGUCUAAGAGAUCUGCUGGCUCCGAGACCAUGCGGUAGAGCAUAUGAACCUGUGACUAGAUGCAAUCUCAACAUUCAAACAGAUCCAAAGGGAUUGGUCGAAAUUGAAGGUCUCUCGGAAGUGCAAAUCUCAGAUUCUGCUAAAGCCAGAUGGUGGUACAACAAGGGUAGAAGAGCAAGAUCCACUUCAUGGACUAAUGUGAAUGAAGCAUCGAGCAGGUCACACUGCUUGACAAGGAUCACCAUAUCCCGUCGUGGAUACGCUUUGGAAGGCAAAAGGGAAAGAAGCAAGUUGUGGAUGGUUGAUCUCGGAGGAAGCGAGCGGUUACUCAAAACUGGAGCCAUAGGAUUAACACUUGAUGAGGGCCGAGCCAUUAAUCUUUCUCUUUCUGCUUUAGCUGAUGUCAUUGCAGCUUUGAGGAGUAAGAGGAGUCAUGUGCCUUACAGAAAUAGCAAGCUAACUCAAAUACUCAAAGAUUCUUUAGGUAAUGGUUCGAAGGUCUUGAUGCUUGUGCACAUAAGCCCUUCCGAGGAAGAUGCUUGUGAGACGAUGUGUUCUUUAAACUUUGCAAAGAGGGCAAGAGCAACAGAGUACAACAAAGAAAUACCAGAGGAAUUGAGAAAGCAAAAGGAGAAGAAGAUCCUGAAGCUUGAGGAAGAGAUGAGGGAAGCUGAAAAGGAACACCAGAAACUUAGGGAUCGAAUUCAGGAGGCUGAGUUCAAGUUAGGCGAACAAAAAAAGGUCUUCUCAGCUACAUAUAAGCCUCUGGAAAACAAUGACAGUGCCCCUAUAAGCCCUAAAAAUAAUGUGAAAGAGGUCACUGAAAACCCGAAAGCAUCUAAGAAAUAUAUUAAAAGAAAAAUAUCGAAUUCUAUGCCUCGAUUCAUGACUUCCACCGUUGCCAGUCGCCAAAGGCAAAGUGCUUCGGAAAAAGAGCUUGUUGGAAGAUCAAGAAGUUUAAGUUCAGCGAUCACUAGGGGUUCCCUCAAGUUUUCAGGUUCUCAAUCACUGAACUGCUCGGAUCUCCGCUUGAAAGCAGUAAUACAGAAUUCAACUGGAAAAUCUCGGCUUGGUGAAACCACGGGCGAGAGUCCUAAAUGCAGCGGUUUGGAAUCAAAAACCACCAAUCCUGGAAGCAGGAUGUUCACUUCAUCGGAUCCUAACGUGGUAGUUAUGUUACGUCGUCAUAGAAGAAGAAUGUCCGAUCUGAUCUGACGGCGAAAAUGAAGAUGCAUCUUCAUUGCGCAUGUUUUUGCGAAAUGGUUGCAUGCUAAACUGUUUUUAUUUUUUGGUGUGUAACUGUAACAUAACAAAUAGGAGCGUGUGGUGGAUGGUAUGUUAAUAGGUUGUCUUGAAUGGUUGCCAGUUCGGAUCUGUUACCUAAUUAUUUUUUUUUUGGCCAGGUUAA